CUGGUGAGUAAAUGACACAAUUUUCAUUUUUGGAUUCUGGACUAUACCUUCAAUCUAUUAUAAUCGAUUAGUACUUGGAGACUAUUCCCAAAUGUGUGGAAAGAUGUUGCUUUGUUAAAGGUGUGUUUUUUUUUUUUUUUUUUUUUUUUUUUUUUUGUGACAGAUACAAGUAAAUGUGCAAUUGUGUUACUUUAAUUACAAUUUUACAUAAUAUACAGUAUAAUAUGAGAAAACCGGAAAAAUGUGUAGUUUGAGCCUUACUGACAUGGCUGUGGAGGCUGGGAAACACUAGCUAUAAAAUUAAGAAUUACACAAAUACUCACAGCAGGCUCAGGUUUCAUGUUAUUAGGGCACAGAUGUUUAUUUCAGGCAUUGUUGUUAACACUCUGCUGUCACCGAAUGGCAAAAAGUACAGGCUACUAACCAAAAUAUUCAAAUUAAAUCGAAAACCUCACAAAUGAAAUAAAAAUAAUUAAAUAAAAGAAAGACAUCAAAUAUAAACUACUAGCCUAGGCGAGCAUGGGUUAUUCGCUGAUUUGCUGUGUCUGUAAUCAAUCAGGCAAAACAGCACAGACGAUUUAUCAUAUUACACAAUAUAUUCAUAGUUUUGAAAAUGUCAUCUGUUGCAGUUAAUGCUUAACAUUGAAUCUUCAUUACCGUUUCGAAAUAAUCCAUUAAACGAGCUCGAUUUGAGCACUAAUAUUCAGUUCCAUCUGCGCGUUGUCUCAAGGCCACGCCCACAACAGGGGAAAUAUCAUGAAUAUUCACGUAUACUCCACCCACUGGAACAGGUUUUCACAGGAACCGAAUAUUACACAACACCGGGAGUUCUCGGAGGAAAAGCUGUAGUGUUUGGGAGACUGUGCCGCUUGCUGUUGUUGAUCGACGAUGCUCACGUGAUCCUGUCACUGAUAGUGGAGCCUAAGCAGAAGCGGAGAUAGUUUGUGCAGCUUCAACAAGGUGCAGGUCCAAACCUAUCUGUCAAGACGCUUCUUUGUCCACAUGCUGUCCGCCCCAGCAGCCCAACGAUUGUGCUGAAGAGCCUCUGACCACAAGUCAUAGGAGCAAAGAGCAAAACUGACAGUGGUGGAGAGAGAAGAAGUGCCCUUGAUGAGGAAACAUGGCAGCCAUAUACGUCAAGAAGAGAUUUCCAAAUGUGUCCAAAGAGGCUUUGAGGAUUUGAACUGGGGAAACUGAGACUUCUUGAAAGCAAAAAAAACCGGUUUAUCUGGAUGAGCUGCAGUUUCAAAUUUCUUUGUCAAACAAGGAAGAAGGCAAUACAGGUUUGAACAUACUGCCUUCAUGUGCCAGAUCACUUUCACUUUGACGAUCCAGAGAGAUGAUCAUAACUUCAGCUGAACAUGGACCGGCUUAUGUUAAUUUUUGUCACUGUAAUUCCAGUUAUAUCGGACGGGUUGACUGUGCGUGGUCCCUCUGGUCCUGUGGUUGCUCCUCUGGGAUCUUCAGUGAUUCUGCCCUGUUAUGUUGAUGGACCUUUAUUAAUAGAGGAUCUGGAGGUGGAAUGGAGAAGAAGAGACUCAGGGACUUUAGUUCAUCUGUUUCAAGAUGGUGAGAGUCGACCAGAGUCCCAGCAGCAGGAUUAUCAAGAUAGAGCUCAUUUCUUUACUGAGCACAUUAAAGAUGGAAACUUCUCCCUCCGUCUGGACAAUCUGAGAGCUGAAGAUAAAGGAGAAUACACAUGUACAGUUCAGAGUCAGCAGGAGUCUGGAGAGACUGAGGUUGAAAUUAAAGUUGAUAAUGUUGAGCGUUUGCUGGUCUCAGGAUCAGAUCGGUCCAUAUCUGCGUCUGUGGGUGAAGACGUCACUCUGAACUGCUCUGUAGAUUCUCACAUCACUCCUGAAGACUUUGAACAGGUUUCAUGGAAGAAAACUGAUGAAGAUGAGGAAAUUCUGGUUCUGCUCUACCAAGACAGUGAGACUUUACCAGAGGCAUCACAUGAGCGAUACAGAGACAGAGUUGAGUUAUUCACUGCUGAAAUCCCCAAAGGAAACUUCUCUGUCCGACUGAAGAGUGUCAGAACUGAGGAUAAAGGAGUUUAUAUGUGUCAAGUGAUUGCUGGAGGAGCUUCAGCCAAUGCAACUGUAGUGCUGGAGAGACUGGGUUUCUCUGCUCUACACAUAAUAAUGAUGAUUCUCUGUGUUUCUGCAUCUGGAUCUGCUCUUCUGCUCUGCUGUCUGAUCUACUGCAGAUCACCUACUAAAGGUUUGAUUGUGCAAAAUUCUUUAAGCAGUAAGUUUCUGGGAGGUUCAGUGGUUUUGCCCUGUCAUGUUCCUCCAAACUUACUAACUGAAAAUCUGAAAGUGGAAUGGAGCAAAAAAGAUUUAAAGGAUCUGGUUCAUCUGUAUGAAGAUGGUGAGAGUCGAACAGAGAAACAGCAGCAGGAUUAUCAAGAUAGAGCUCAUUUCUUUACUGAUCACAUUAAACAUGGAAACUUCUCCCUCCGUCUGGACAAUCUGAGAGCUGAAGAUAAAGGAGAAUACACAUGUACAGUUUACAGCAAGAGGGAUUGUGUGUUUUCAGCCAAAACAAAUUUGGAUCUGAAGAUCGUUAUGUCUGGCAAAGGCAUUCCUCUGGGAGGUUCAGUGGUUUUGCCCUGUCAGGUUGACAAAAGCUUGUUACAGGAGAGUCUGAAGGUGGAAUGGAGAAGAACAGACUCAGACACUUUAGUUCAUCUGUAUGAAGAUGGUGAGAGUCGAGCAGAGGAACAGCACAAGGAUUAUCACAAAAGAGCUCAGUUCUCAAAUAAGAAGAUUAAAGAUGGAAACUUCUCCCUCCGUCUGAAAAAACUGAGAGCUGAAGAUAAAGGGGUUUACAGAUGUAAAGUUUACAGUGACCAGGAUUGUGUGUUUUCAACUGAUGCAGAGUUGAUACUGGGAUUCAUUGUGGAACCUUCUCAUCACACACCUGUUCCUCUGGGAUCUUCAGUGGUUCUGCCCUGUUAUGAUGACAGACUCUCUACAAUGGACGGUCUGAAGGUGGAAUGGAGAAAAAAAGACUUAGAGGAUCUGGUUCAUCUGUAUGAAGAUGGUGAGAGUCAAGCAGAGAAACAGCACAAGGAUUAUCAUGACAGAGCUCAUUUCUUUACUGAUCAGAUUCAACACAGAAACUUCUCCCUCCGUCUGGACAAUCUGAGAGCUGAAGAUGAGGGAGAAUACACAUGCACAUGCACAGUUCGCAGUGGAUUCAUUUGGCAAUUUUCAACCGAGAUAAAUGUGGUACUGAAACUACUGGACACAGUGUUUCUUCUUCAGAUGUUUCUCGUCUUCUGUCCAAAUAUUCUGAUGUUUCUGUCUUUUGUCCUCUGGGGUGUUUCUGAAGGAUCUCUGUUUGAGUCGGUCUCUUGUUGUGCUCUUUAUUUUCUGAGGCCUCUCAUGUUGCUCUGGACAGCUCCAUAUAUUAAUAACUUCACAGGCAAGAUUGAAACAUGGAUUAGAGAUUACAGUUAUGACACAGAAUAUAUUGUUUUCUCAGCUGUUUUUUAUUCAGUUCUGUUUAAAUCUGCCUGGGACAAAAGUCUGAAUUACGCCGGAUUUGAAGGUGUCGUGAUUAUAGUCCUCUUUGUGAUGGUGCUGCUGCUAAACCUCUUCUAUAUUAUUUACAUCAUGGCUACAUUAAUCGGGAAGUUAAGUCAACGGAUCAUGACUAUAUUCGAUGUUCUGGCUGGAAUAAGCUUUAAUGUUCUGCCUUCACUACAAUUCAUCCUCCUGUUCUUCGCCUUUGGAGCUGGUAGAGGAGGAUUCAUCAUUAUUGCAGUUGUACCAGUGUUUCUCACAGUGACAAGAUACAAUUGGGACGCAGUAUGUGGUCAACAGAUGGGCUGUUCAUCUUCGGUCAGGAGAUCAGUGUAUUUAUCUCUCAUGUUAUUGGUCAAUGCUGUACUGGUCUAUUUCUACAUCAUCGCUCUGGAAAAUGAAAAGGAUCGUGUGGGAUGGGCCUGUAUGAUUGCGUUUCUUCAGUUACUCUGGGCAGUGAGAGACUUCACACGCUCAUUUACACAUGAUCUUCUCCGUCUUGUUCCUGUGUAUGUGUUUGGAUCAGUGGUUGUUGUUUUACUGAACUCUGUUGCUCUGAUGAUUGAACUGAUACUGAAAACAGUUAAUGGUGAAGGUGCAGUUGGAGAUCUGAGGAUCGUCGUCUUUUCCUCUGAAUUCAUCUUCACUUUAUUUCUGAUGAUUUUACUGGUAUUUGAACCCUGGAUCAAACCAUGUCUGGAGUCAUGUCAGAAGGCAAUAAAGUCUCGUCGAACUGCAGCCGCUGGAUCACAGAAUCAGGAAUCUCAGAAUGCAGCAGGAUCUGAUGAAACUCCAGCCGCUGGAUCAAACCAGAACCAGAACCCAGCAGAAUCACAUGAGAUGAAUCCUCUACUGAAUCAACAAAACCAAGAGACUCAGCCGGAUUCAGUGGUUUCACAAACAUGAUCAACAAUCAGAGAAAAACACUCCUGAGACAGUGAUUUAAGAGUUCAGUCUUGUUCUUCGUUUGUUAUUGAGGCCGUUUUUUCUAAUGCAAGUUUUCUUGGUUUUGUAAAUAUCUGUAAAUAUAUGCAGGAUGUUUAACUGUCAUCACACUUGUUCUUUGUAUUCAUGUAAUAGUGAUUUGCUUUUAUAACUAAUUCUAGCUGUAAACCAACUUCAACAGUACAAAUUGAAACUGAGACUCUUCAAGAUCAACAGAGAGAAAAAUCAGUGUUAUAAUUAUUAUUGUAAGAAUGGAUUGAGGUUUGAGUCUCAGUUCAGGAUCAUGAUGUCAGUAAAUGUUCAGUUCUGGGUCUCUUACACCCUUCAGAAACACUGAGACUGAAUAUUCAAACCUUCAGAUGGAAGAUCAGAUCCUUCAUGUAAUAUCAAAACUCCUAUGAGUUUUUGUUACCUUCCUUCCUCUUCCUCUUGUACUUCCUCUGUAAAUCUUUCCUCAUAAAGUUUCCAGCCCAGAAUGAGCCCAAACACAGAGUCUUACAAGCUCAUGAUCAGCCAUUCUCCUCCAUAAUACUGAGUCUGGAAAGCAGAUCAAGAAAUGAAUACAUUUAUAACUCAAAUUGUACUGGAAUUUCUAAAUGGUGAUCAAAACGUUUAAUUCUUUAUGUGGAAAACAAAAUGAGAGAUUUGGCUAAAUGUCCACCUAUUGUUUGUAUUUAUAGUGUAUUUAUUGUUCUUCUUGUCUUUGUAUUGUGUAACAUUGUGCUUUAUUUCAUGUUGUAAAUGUAUUCAAUAAAUGUAAUGUUUCUAUACGACUAAAA